UUUCAAAUAGUGACUUAUAAGUGACCCGGUCGAAAAUAGUGACUCGUUACCAGCCCUGCAUAUACCAGCAUACCGUCCAAACAACGGGGGAACAUCCAGAGCGGACAUUAUUACAUGGAAAGUACGACGACGACACCCGCUCGAUUAUAGGGGAAAAUCUCCGGAAGACGCACUCAGUUCGCGUUAGAAUUCCGUACCAUGAGCAUCAUCUCAACAAAGUGCACGCUUGCGAAGAACUCUAGAGGCUAGAUGAGAAGUUUCCAUUAUCUGAAUGUCGCGUUGGCUGCGAAACGGCGACAAAACAGUGACUAGCCACUACUAAGGACAUUGUGUGGCUCAAGGAUUUUCAGUGAAAAUAUCGCGCGCGCGAUUAUUAGUGGGUUUCAAAAUACUUUAAGAGUGUUUGAGUUUAAACAGUGAAAACGGUAAACAGUUGGAAAGGAUAUUCAAGAAGGUAUACGCGAGUACCACCAGAGAAAGGUGGUGCCAGUGUUUUCGACAAGGACGGUCUUGACAACGGCGACGAAGACUACACGGUUCUGGUUUGUUCUGUUUUGCGUAUCCGUUAUAGUUCAUCGAGUGAGCUGGCUCAUAUCUGCUUCAUUGUUAAUAGUGGAAAAGUUGAAGUAGUUAAAAAUAAAUACAUUCGGCUCCGGUGAACUGCGACACAUCAGUUAAAAUUGGUGAAACGUCGACAUGGCAGAAGAUUGGACCAGUGGGAGCAAGUUAUCAUAAGCGACGUAAUUUUUUGGAGGUAUAGAUAGAUGGAGUACAAACGAUUCAAGCCAAGUGGAAAGUUCCGACCGUCGAUGAGAAAAGUUUAAUCGGAAAAAGUGGAAACAAUUUAGGACAAAAGAAAAGUAAAAAUUUGAUGUAAUACACUCGGUUUUCCAUUUCCCUCGGCGCUUUUGUAUGGUCUACCUCCUGAAAUAAGGUGGGGGCACUCCUCGUCAGCGAGAUUGUGCGAUUGUGUUGGUGUGGGUUGGAAAAGUCGGAAAAAGGAUCCUCACGUCGAGCCGCUACUACGUGUGUCUUUAGACGUACUCAAAGCUUCGCGUGUGCGUCAGUGUUAGUGAGUAAGAAUCGAAUAUUCUGCGUUUAUCCUUUGUCAUUGCUCUAUUUAGUGCUCUCCUGAGUAUUGCCGAGUCCACGUCCAUGGUAGUGUUGGUGGAAAUUGUAAUUCAAUGAAAGUACACCUUUAUCCAUAAUACAUAACACUGCGUCUCGGUGGAAGCAACACGAGUCGUAAAAGCCCUACGUUUGAAACGCACAUCGAGCGGACUUUGCCAGAGAACCUUCGUCAUCAGCCAACAAUUGGACGACAGCUGAGCAAACUCUUCUCUGGAGCACAUACCCGUGCAACAGCUUUUACUCGUCCUUGGUGACGUGGUUUCGCGAGUGUUUUUCCGUUUUGUGGUGUUACUGUUGGCCAACAGCCAGUCGGAGUGCGGAGAGAAGGUUAAGCGAUCGCGUGCCUCCAUAGAGACCACCACAUUGACGGAGGCGACAUCUCAGCUGCAACUGCUAACAGGUACCCUCCCUAACAGGCUCAACACAUCUCCAAAUAAGAUUUCACCUCAGCACAUUCUGCCCACAACCGAGCCGAAGCCGCCAAACGGGCCCAAGGGAAAAUUAUCUACCCGAGAGCACUGAAUAACUGCGGCUGUCCGUCUGACUAACCAACCAACUGACUGACUAACCGACUGACUGAUUUCCAGACCGGGCAGUCGUCCGUUUCUUCCUCCCGACCUGCAACCGGCGACCGCAAACAAACCUUAGCCCCAUAGGAAAACUUCAGGUCCACCUGGAUUGCGUACAGAAUCGUCUGAGAUUCGAGGAGUCCUGUUUGCGCCGGAAAAAUCUCCGCCUCUGUCAGCAGAAGCACCUAACCGGUAAACCAUCUUGUUCACCAUCGAACCGUGGCAGAUUUUUCCCAUCUCCAUCGGCAUCGUCUUUGUCAAUAGCCACCUCAUCGUUGGCCUCUCCAGGUAACCAAGGCCCAUUGACGAGUGAGCUAAUACCGGAAAAGUACCACUCGCUGCGGGACGCAAAAACCUACGCCGAAUUGCGCCGCAUUCUGGACCGUAAUGGGAAGUAUCUGAGCCGUGCCAAUAUCGUAGUCGAGGCAAGUCAAGGUCAGUGCAACCAGUGGCAACAACGGCAAGGAAACGGCCAGACACUACUGGUGACGCGUGACCACGAUGAUGGGGCCAAUUCCACAUGUUCCGAGUUCUGGUCGGGCUUCAACGACGGUGGCGGAGGCAGCCCCGGAAGUGCCACAAUUUCAGCGACCCGGCAACGUGUGCGGAAGCGUGAGCGCCAGCUAAGCCGAGAACGGUGCUUCGAUGAUGAUACGGCACUCCGAUAUGUUAGACAGCAGUGUGCUACUCAGGACAGUAGUGUGGCCGGUAUACAGUGGCAUAUAGACUAUCUGGAUGCAUGUACGCAACGUGCAGAGGAAGUGAAAAAACGGUUUGUGGAAAAGAAGGUUUACAACAUCAAUCACCGGGGAGGGAAUCGCAGAAGUGAUUCAGUGUUUAAAGUGCAAGAAUCGGAAUCGGAAGUGUUUGACCAGCUGGUAUCGAAUAGAUUCGAAUUUCGCAAACCAACCAUACGGUCUGAUAUUAUGGACAGUUAUCCGUCGAAACUGUGCCACGAAAAAGCGGAAAAAUUGCAAAACCUCAUCGAUAAUUUGUAUCAGUUGAAGUUAAAGGCAGCAGAGCUGGAGAACGAAGCAUUGCCGAAGAUAAUUCUAACAGAUUGUUCUUCAAGUCCGGGGAAAAACUGUUCAAGCUGUGCGAGAAAUGAAGAAAAUUCAGUGCAAAACAAUAACACGAGAUCCAUCUCCAAAGACGAUACGUUGAAGCUUAGUGUUGGAGGUAACAGCGAUAAUCAUUUUAACAUAAGUAACAAUAACAGGUGCUUUUUGCAACCUCACUGUAACAAUCUCAAAGUGAACAACUGUCUCAGUAUUCCGACUAGCGAACUGUAUCAAAGUGAAGCGAGGCCUCCGUAAAUAUUAUUGAAACCGUUUUGACUUCUCUUUAGUGUACUAUGAUAGUAAGACGAUUUUUACAUCAAUACAACACUCAUCGUCAUCACCAUCAUCGACAUCCCAAUAGUGACAGCGGAAGACACAAUCAACGGCCGAGUGAACGCGUCGAAACAUAAGCUCUACGCGUUCAUCGCUCGCAGGCCUCCUCUCAAGGCAAACCAUGGUUUCAAUUAUGGAUAUCGACCCCAAAAGACAAAUCUGUGAUACUCGUGCAACACUGUCGCAAAGUGCUGUUAGUCAGAAAUCGAUCGAUCUGGAAAUCCCGAUCCCACUCAAGUCACCGACAUCAACGACAUCGCCCACCUCACCACCCACUUCCGGUGCCGCAUCAAGAACGCUGUCGCCCCAGUCUUCGGUGACGGCGGCCACCAGUGGCACCGCAACGACACCAGUGGACACCGAACUGGCCAAGCGGGCCAUGAAACUGGACCUGAUCGAAUCGCAGGGCAGUUCCGGAACAAGCGCCACCAGUGGAACCAGUGCAACCAGCACCGCCACCACCACCACUACACAUUCCUCCAACACUGCGAACUCGUCCGGUACGACAACGACGGCCAUCAUGAUGAAACACCGGAAGCUGAAGGAGCGCACGUUCAGCGACGAGCUGGGCUCGCCCAAAUCGCCGGCCGCUGUAAUAGGUCGGAAUGGUACCACACACCUGGUGGUACCACGCCAAACGUCGCUUACUUCCCAAUCAGAUGUCGUAGACGAUCGCAAGGCACUACGGGACGCGCUGUACCAGGGCAUCUUCCACCGGCACCGGAGGACAAUCUUCGCCGUCGGGAGUUUCCUGCGGAUGCUGAAGAGUCGCAACUCGUCCUACAACACGAUUCGCAGCUCGUCCGAGGGAGAGGACGACACGCGAUAAGGCCAAACUACUGGGGGUUGACUAGCGGAUAUCCAUUAUGGUGGUGAUGGACAACUACUAUAGGUAAACUUAUGAUUGAAGCGAGGCUGACGGUGGACCCCAGGAUAGGUCUACCGAAUUAAUUACACAGUGUAACAUUUUCGAGGUCAUCUAAUGUAAACAAGAUCCACGCAUACUAGCAAACCCCUAUUUGGGGUUUUGAUUGAUUAGUUCGAAAUUUAGAAGUGUGACGAACUUUUUUUCCGAAGUUUACAUUGAGAAUAACCGAAUUAAGGAAAAAUCAAGCUGAAAAAUUUAAAAUAGGGGUACCUACUCCAAAUGUCGAACUAAUCUUUCAAAACCCAAAUAGGAUUUGCCUAUUAAGGGUUCUGAAGACAGCAUUUUGUUAACAUUCGAUGAUCUCGAAAAUGUUGCACUGUGUAACGAUCGAAGCGAGCCUGACGGUGGACCCCAGGAAUGUCUACCGAAUUAAUUAGAUGAAGAAACACUUGUUAUGGUUACGACGGAAGUGUAAGUCUAUAGAGAUAAGCAAACGACGAAGGACGACGGGUGGUUCACUUAUUACUCACAGUUGGGUACAUAUUAGAGCGUUAACGAAGAGGGAAUGCUGGCUGCUGUAGAGGUGUUUUGUAAUGCUUAGCGAGAUAACCAACCAGCAUGGGGAAAUGGGGGAAGGGUACCGUGACGAUUCAUGAAUUAGGAUCCUGAACUAGUAUUAAGGAGAUAAAUGGCGCUCGUAGUUAACUCGAUUCUCGUCUCAAACCGGAUUCUGCUUAAAAUACUUACUGUGUUUAGCAUCAAUUGAUUGAAAUAUUUGCUUACAUCCGACCAAAGUGAGGUACAUACGCUCCACCUGCAGCUGAUUAAGUAUAAGGUUCAAAAUUUGCAAUAGUGGAGAAAAAAAAAGAGUCCAUACCGCAGACAUCCGACUGGAGAACGAACCGUGAUUCAAGUAGUGAAAAAAAGAAACCACAGGAAUGCAUGACGAAAAGUUGCCUUUUUAAAUGCUAAAAUCUACUUAUACCUAUAUACCUAGAUGCAAUCUGUCUUUAGGCUCGUAUCCUAAGCGUUUCCUUUAGCAACAAACCGAGCAGUUCGAUCGACGUAAAGCUUAGAGUGUUUGUACAAUUUGCAAGAUUUAUAGAACGUUUCAAACUUAAAGUUGGGUUUAAAGGCUUAUGUUCACAUGCAUAUUUUCAGUAACUGCUACGCUAUUCGACAAAAAUGGAAAAUUUUUGCUUGCUUUGACCAUUUACAAUGAGUUCGCUAGAUUUAAACCCGCUGAUUUCAAAUUUGUGUCCAAAAUUUUUGUAACACGUGCAGUUUUUGAGUAAAAUAAGUUUUCUUGUUUGUUCAGAAACAUACACUUUUACGUGGAAAUUCAACUGUUUUGUUUAAUAAUAAUGAAACAUCAUAUGCUCAUCAAAAUUCGUCCUUAAAAUGUGCAUAAAGGACUUUGAUUCACUUAUUCACAGUCUCAAAAUUGAUAUGUCACGAUUUUUUUUGUAAAAAAAAAAGUUUGUUUUCAUCAUGAAAUUUCACAUUUUCAUGGAAAUCUGAAUUUAUGCUCUAUAACGACAGAUUGAAAUAUCACAAAGCUACACUGAAAUGUGUAUGUCAGGCAGCGUUUUUUUCUCAGAUCGUGUUCCAAGGAGCACUUUGUGCUCCGCAAAUGCUCAACAAAUGCUCCUCGAUUACAUUUUCUCCGAUGCUCUUGGAAUAAUGAUCUUUUUGUAAAAAGAGACUAUAGUCAAAAGUUCAUGCUAUAUGUAUUUAAUUUCAACGGAAAACGUUCUUGCAUCUUGUGUUCAAGAUGUUAUCGAUGAUAUUGUUAAUUAUAAUAUACCAAAUAUAUCAAUUUCAAUAGACAAAACAAUAAAAUUGUCAAUUUCAAUAGACGGGAUGACAAUUUUUUACAAAAAAAAGUGUUAUGUGUUCUACGUAAAAAAUACUCAUGCAUAAAGUACUCACUCAUCUGUUUAAACUACAACCGGAAGUCAAAAAAAAUCCCAAGAACUUCGAAUUUACCGAUUGUAAAGAUCUGACAUGUAAUUAAAAAGUAAAUAAAACUCAAAAAAAAAUAACGUUUAACAUCAAAGAAACGGUAUUUUAUCAGUUUUUUUCUUUAAUAAAAUCAACUUAAA